CUCUCACCGUCAACCCCACCCACCCUCUCACCGACACACUCACCUACGCCCUCACCGACACACGCACCCAACCAGCCACCCCCUCACUGUCACACGCACCCACCGACACACGCACCCACCCCCUCACCGACACACCCACCCCCUCAAUGAACACACACCCCCUCCCCGACAAACGCACCCACCCACCCCCUCACCGACACACGCACCCACCCACCCACGCCCUCACCGAGACACGCACCCACCCACUCACCGACACACGCACCCACCCACCGACACACGCACCCACCCACCCACUCACCGACACACCCCACCCCCUCUCACCGACACACCCACCCACCUACGCCCUCACCGACACACGCACCCAACCAGCCACCCCCUCACCGACACACGCACCCACCGACACACGCACCCACGCCCUCACCGAGACACGCACCCACCCACCGACACACGCACCCACCGACACACGCACCCACCCCCCCACUGACACACGCACCCACCCACUCACCGACACACGCA